GUCAUACGUUGGAAUCGGUGGCUUUGACGUGUCUCUCCCUCUUACAAUUUCUUAAAUUUUAUACAAAAUAGUUAUGAUUUUCUAAUAAAUAAAAUAUAAUAACAUCAACGAAAGUUAACAAGAAUUUCUGACAGAAUGGAUUUUUUGAAGAGCGGUCUAAAGACCGUUCUUGGUGCCCCGGAACCUGGACAUCAUCCUUCAGGCGCUGAAACGGUAGAGCGCUUGGUGGAGCGAGUUAACAAUUCUACACUGUUAGAAGAUCGUAGAGAUGCAUGCAGAGCAUUGAAAGCUAUGUCAAGAACGUACAGAGUAGAAGUGGGAGCUCAGGGGAUGGACACAUUGAAGCAGGUUUUAGAAUUAGAUCGUGCUGAUAGUGAAACAAUAAACCAUGCCUUAAAUACUUUAAACAACGUAAUGUCACCAUCACAAUUUGAAGAAGAAGAGGACAAUCCACAAGUGCCUAUGAACAUUGGAGAGCAGUUUACCGAAAUGUUUAUUAAAGAUCAUAACAACGUUCAACUAAUCUUAGAUUUGCUAGAUGAGUAUGACUUCAGAGUAAGACUGUCAGCGGUCCAGUUGCUAACGUCUUUGUUAACGAAUAGACCGAAAGACAUGCAAGAAAUCAUCCUUGUUAAACCGAUGGGUGUUUCUAAAAUGAUGGAUCUCUUGAGUGACAAUAGAGAAGUUAUACGAAAUGAAAUGUUACUUCUUUUAAUAAAGCUAACAAAAGGAAAUGCAAAUAUACAAAAGAUAGUCGCUUUUGAAAAUGCUUUUGACAGAUUAUUCGAAAUUGUAUCUAGUGAAGGAUUUUCUGAUGGUGGAAUUAUUGUCGAAGACUGUUUACUGCUUAUGUUGAAUUUAUUAAAGAAUAACAGUAGUAAUAUUAAUUUUUUCAAAGAAGGUAGUUAUAUACAGAGGAUGCUACCGAUGUUUAAUACCCCUGAGGAGAAUGAGGACGCAGGUUGGUCACCGCAGAAGGUAUCAAAUGUACACUGCAUGUUGCACAUAGUCCGCACAUUGGUAUCGCCUUGUAACUCGGUACAAAUUGUCUCGGAUUGUCAAAGGAUUUUAAAGAAUGCCGGUUUGUUGGAUUCUCUGUGUAAUAUAUUGAUGGCGAGUGGUGUACCAGCUGAUAUUUUGACAGAAACAAUAAAUACAGUAGGUGAAGUAGUCCGGGGUAAUGUUGCUAAUCAAGAGUUUGUUGGCAAUGUGAUGGCACCAUCAAACCCGCCUCGACCCGCUAUAGUAGUGUUACUUAUGUCUAUGGUUAAUGAGAAACAACCGUUUUAUUUAAGAUGUGCAGUGUUAUACUGUUUCCAAUGCUAUCUUUAUCACAAUGAGAUGAGUCAAGCUAAUCUAGUCCAAACACUCUUGCCGUCGUCCACUGAUGUCUCAAAUCUGACGAGCGGACAAUUACUCUGUGGAGGUCUCUUCUCUUCCGAUGUGUUAUCAAACUGGUUCUCAGCGGUGGCUCUGAUGCAUGCAUUGAUUGACAAUCCUAUACAGAAGGAGCAACUGUUAAGAGUAUUGUUGGCGACAAAUAUUGGAAGUUCUCCCGUCUCGUUGCUACAUCAGUGUACAUUGUUGUUGCAACAGACAACAAAGUUACAAUCUAAGGUGGCGCUGCUGAUGCUGCUGAGCCAGUGGACGGCGAGGUGCGCGGGCGCAGUGACCGCGUUCCUGCGCGCGCCCUCUGCUGUCUCCUACCUUGUCAACCAGACCUGCUCCAACGACCACGACGACAACGAGUACCUGCUGCAAGGUCUAUCAGCGUUCCUGCUGGCGAUCUGCAUCCAUUUCAACGACGACUCAGUGGAGAACUACACCAGAGAGUCGCUGAAGCAGCUGGUGGUGAGGAGAGUCGGCAUGGAGACCUUCGUGUCCAAGCUGAGCGAGGUCUCCCGUCACGAGCUGUACAACAAGGCGGCGAAGCACCCCCAGCUCAGGGCGAAGGUCCCCGCUGAAGUACUCAUUGAUUACGAGUUCUGCAGGCUGUUUAAAGUUUUAGAAAGUGUCCUCAUCCAGACUCUGGUUGUGAAGGAGGAGAGUGGUGCGGAGGAGGCGGGGCGGGCGGGGACAGGGACAGGGGAGGAGACAGGAGCACGGGAGGGGGGCGCGGCGCUGGAGCAGUACAAGGCACUGAUCAGGCAGCAGGAUGCGCGUCUCCAGGAGCUGGUGGCGCAGCUUGACGACAUGCUGCAGCAGAACCAUGCACUCCAGGUGGCAUUAAAUGAUUCAAAAUCAUCGAAUUCUCUUCUAAAAGAUGAGAACACUUUACUAAAAGCGCAAAUGUCCGCUGCACAGAACUUACCCACCACAGAAAGUAACGACAAGACGCAAUACGAAAUUAAAAUAAACCAACUCACAGCAGAAAUAAAUAGAUUGAACGAAAUACUUAAGACUACACAAGAAGAGAAGAAGAAGCAAGAAGUAGAAUUAGAGAAAUUAAAGAGUGAUCAAGAUGACCUUUUGAUAUUGCUCUCGGAUUUGGAUGUAAAAGUGAAUGAAUACAAAGAUCGCUUGAUGUCGUUAGGUGAAAAGGUUGAAGAUGACAACCCGGAGGUCCAAGAGUCUAACCUCACUUAGUAACACUAAUUAUGUAUGCAUUGUGUGAUAAUUGUUGCUGAACAGAGUAGAUACUAGUCCUCUUCCUCUUUCCAUCCUUUUCUCAUAAGUAAAAGAUGGGAAGGGGAAGUGAUUUUGACAGGGGAGGGUAUAUAUGCGAAUUCUCUGUAGAUACUCUCCUCUGUCUAAAGAUAGGCAACGUAUCUGCAACCGUUUUAUAAUAUUUAUGUAAAUUAUAAUUUAUAUAU